AAACCGGUAUACUCUAUCUCAAUUGAAUUUUGGUUUUAGCCAAGCUCGAUCCAAACAAUUUAUGUACACUCUAAUCUAAUGUAAAUGUAAAUCAUAAAUGUCAUUAAAAAAAUAUUAGUGUUAACGGAGGUAUUUAAUUGUAUGUAAUUGUAAUGGAUAGAUAGUUGACGAGAGUAAACCACUCCAUAGGUCAUCAUCCAUAUACCUACGCUAACAAACAACAAUCACAACGCAAUGGACAUCAAUGCGGAUGAUCGGGACGACUCAAAACCGGUGGUCCUCGUCACGGGUUGCAGCGGCGGAGGAAUCGGCCACGCGCUUGCACGCUCCUUCGCCGCCAACAGUUGCAAAGUAGUGGCCACCAGCCGAUCGCGUUCCACCAUGGCGGACUUGGACCACGACCCCAAAUUCUUCCUUCAAGAACUCGAUGUUCAGUCCGAUGAGAGCGUAAACAGAGUUGUCAAUACUGUCUUGAAUAAAUACAGCCGUAUUGAUAUUCUCGUCAAUAACGCCGGUGUUCCGUGUGUCGGUCCACUCGCCGAGCUUCCUCUAUCGACUAUUCAAAACACCUUUGAUACUAAUGUCUUUGGUUCUUUGAGAAUGGUCCAGGCGGUGGUUCCUCACAUGGCAGCUAGGAAGCAGGGAAAGAUUGUGAAUAUUGGCAGUGUUACUGGAUUGGCCUCUGGACCUUGGGCGGGUGCUUACAGUGCUUCUAAGGCUGCCAUUCAUGCUUUGACAGAUACAUUAAGAUUGGAACUUGGUCAUUUUGGAAUUGAUGUUGUGAACAUUGUCCCUGGAGCUGUGAAGUCGAAUAUUGGAAAUUCUGGCAUAUCCAUCUACAACAGCAUGCCAGAGUGGAAACUGUUUAAGCCAUUUGAAGCAGCAAUCAGAGAGAGAGCUCUACUUUCUCAGAGGUCAAGAUCAACCCCUACAGAUGAGUUUGCUAAACAUACUGUAGCUGCUGUCCUUAGAAAGAAACCACCUGCAUGGUUCUCUUAUGGUCAUUAUACCACUGCCAUGGCUAUCAUGUACCAUUUGCCUCUUUGUGUUAGAGACUUUGUUUUCAAGAAAGCAAUGAAAUGCUGAGCUAUACUUCAUCUACCCAUCUUUAUGGAGAUCUCAAUCAAUAAAUUGCUAGUAUUCCGCUUAAGCAGUAAUGGUGUACUGUACUGCAUGAUUAUUAUGCAUGGUUGCUAAUCAAUUGUGUGUCCCA